AUGUCGGCGGCGGCGGCGGCGCCAGCGCAGGCUCCAAGGAAAUGGGAGGGACUAGUGGACGAGGCGCUCGAGAGGGAGGUGCUGGGAGCGUGCCUGGACCAGGCCCCCGAGCGCCGCCGCAUCCGCGAGGCUUUCAAGAACGUGCAGCUCAGCAUCGACCAUUGCCUCUUCAAGGUCAACCGCUACCUCCUAUUUUGCCUAUCUGCUUAG